AUGUCCCCAACAUCUUCAUCAACGAAGCCCCUUGUCGUGGCUUUAGGCGACCCAAAAUAUGUCGGCGAUGAAUUUCUGGAAGACUUCAAGCGAGAGUUUGACUUUGAGAUCCUUCCAGCAACAAAUCGCCAGGAAACUCAAGAUCUCCUCCCAAAAUUUAUAGCCAGGUCCCGUCCAGUCGAUGCCUUCAUCAUUCGCAUGGGAACGAUUCCAUACGAGCCAUUUGAUGAAGAUCUCCUUGGCAGCUUGUUGCCUCAUUGCAAGAUCAUUACCUCUGCUUCAGCCGGGUUCAACGAGUUUGACGUCGACUGGAUGACGCGCAACAAUGUCUGGUUCUGCAACACCCGAGACGCUGUCGCCGAAGCAACCGCAGAUAUGGCCAUUUUCUUGACACUGGCGGUACUGAGAGAUACUACCAGAGGCGAAAAGAGCGCCAGGAUUGGCAAUUGGAAGCAGGGCCUUGUCCCAAGUCGAGACCCAACAGGGUUGACUCUUGGAAUCGUGGGUAUGGGGGCAAUCGGGAAGUAUACGGCAAAGAAAGCCUCCGUCUUCAACCUCAGAAUAAAGUACUACAACCGCAAUCGACUCCCUCUGGAAGUGGAGCAAGAGUAUAAGGCAGAAUAUUGCUCCACCCUUCACUCACUCCUCGGCGACUCCGACAUAGUCUCCAUUUCAUGUCCGCUCAAUGAAUCGACCACGAAUCUCAUCUCUCAUGCCGAAUUUGCCGCUAUGAAACCGGGCGCCUUCUUCGUCAACACUGCUCGUGGUGCUAUCGUCGAUGAGGAAGCGUUGAUCAGAGCUCUGGAAUCAGGCAACGUAACGCGCGCCGGCCUUGAUGUCUUUUGCAACGAGCCAAAUAUCAACCCCUAUUUCCUGGCUAGCGACAAAGUAGUUGUCCAGCCCCAUAUGGGAGGUCUUACGGAUGUCGCAUUCAUGAAAUCCGAGAGGGAAUGUUUUGACAAUAUCAGGAGUCUGUUCAAGACGGGGAGACCUGUUGCGCCCGUCAAUGAAGUGGUGACCAAAUAG